GUGACAUCAUGAUUUUAUAUAUCUUAUCUUUAUAUACAAACACACACGCAAACACUAUUUAUUCAGAAAGAGAUUAGAAAGCUAAGAAAGAGAAAUGGCAGAUCUAUUUUUGAAGCAGGCAAAAGAAUAUGCAGAUGCAAGACCAAGUUACCCUCCACAGCUCUUCCAAUUCAUUGCUUCAAAGACUCCCUCUCACAACCUUGUUUGGGAUGUUGGUACUGGAAGUGGCCAGGCUGCAAAAUCUUUAGCUGCGAUAUACGAGAAUGUGAUAGCCACUGAUGCUAGUGCCAAGCAACUUGAAUUUGCAGCCAAGAUUUCCAAUGUGCGAUACCAGCACACUCCUUCAACCAUGUCAAUGGCUGAGCUUGAAAAACUGGUGGCAUCUGAGGGAACCGUGGACCUUGUGACCAUAGCCCAAUCCCUGCACUGGUUUGACUUGGCAACCUUCUACCAACAAGUGAAAUGGGUCCUGAAGAAGCCUAAUGGAGUGAUUGCUGCAUGGUGCUACUAUUUGCCUAGAGUUUCUGAUGAAACAGACACUGUUCUUGAUGAAUUCUAUUCUAGUGAAGUAGGCCCUUAUUGGGACCCUGCACGUAAAUUGGUUGAUAAGCUUUAUGGAAGCAUUGAUUUUCCAUUUGAAGCUGUGGAGGGUGCUGAUCACACAGGACCCUUUGAGUUCGUGACAGAGACUUUGAUGGAUUUGGAUGAUUUCUUGACUUACAUAAAAUCAUGGUCAGCGUAUCAGACGGCUAAGGAGAAAGGAGUGGAGCUUCUUCCGGAAAAUGUAGUUCAAAAGUUCAAGCUUGCUUGGGGAGAAGAUGGUAAAAAAGUAGCCAGGUUUCCGAUUUAUUUGAGGAUGGGAAAAGUUGGGGAUGCCUAGAAAUAUGCAUACCGUUACUUCGGGUUGGAAGAUGAUCGUACUUGUUUGGUAAAAUAAAAUAAUUUAAUAAUUAAUUAUUUUCCUUAGUAUAAAUUUUUAUGU